CCUGGGUAGAAGCGAAGAAGCCAACAGCCGCUUCCAUUGUUUGUGAGAGUGAAAGCAUCGGAACGAGAUGAUGCUGGGAGCGUUAUCAGCAAAACCCUCCCUUUCUCCAAACCCCAAUCCCUCCUCCUCUCAUCGCCAUUCCAUCAAACACCCCGCGAGCAAACAUCGCCGAGUAUUUUUCCUCGACGUCAACCCCAUCUGCUACAGUGGGCCCCACCCCAGCCUCCCCUCCUUUGCCCGCUGGCUCUCCCUCUUCUUCUCCGACGUCUCCCUCGUCGACCCCGUCAUCGCCGUUUUGGAUGGGGAACGAGGGAAUGAGUACAGGAGGAAGCUGCUGCCUUCGUAUAAAGCGCACCGGAGGAAGAAGGUGGAGGGCUUGAGGCAGUCGAGCGAAUCGAGGCUCGAGGUCGUCGGAGUUCUUCGCGAGUGCAAUGUGCCGGUAAUUAAAGUCGAUGGAUAUGAGGCAGAUGAUGUGGUGGCUACUCUUACAAAUCAAGUUUUACAAAUGGGAUUCCAAGUUGUCAUUGGCUCACCAGACAAAGAUUUCAAGCAGCUUAUAUCAGAAGAUGUGCAACUUGUUAUGCCCAUGCCUGAACUUGGGCGGUGGUCAUUUUAUACUUUGCGACAUUACAUUGCCCAAUACAACUGUGAUCCAAGCUCAGAUCUCAGUCUCCGGUGCCUCAUGGGCGAUGAAGUUGAUGGUGUUCCUGGACUUCAGCACUUGGCUCCUGGAUUUGGUCGUAAGACAGCAAUGAAGCUCUUAAAAAAGCAUGGUUCUCUAGAAAACUUGCUCAAUGCAGCUGCUGUCAGAACAGUGGGCAAACCCUAUGCACAGGAUGCUCUCACCAAAUAUGCUGAUUAUUUGCGGAAAAACUAUGAGGUGCUUAGUCUGAGGAGGGAUGCUAAUGUUCAUCUUGAGGAAGAAUGGUUAUCAGCAAGGGACGCAUGCAACGACUCUGCUGUAUUGUCGAGUUUUAUGAAGAAGUUGUAUGAACGCCAGAAGCUAUAAAGCAGUCAAUGGAGAAGCUGUUGAAAGAAGAGUGCCAUAGAGAGCUUUAAUCGUUUAUAUGGAGAAGGCAAAUGUUCGAGCGAGUAUCUCAAACCAGUCACUAUCUCUUUUGCCGAUGACAAUAUCGCCAAUUUUGCAAAAAUGAUAUAACACACCGCUGGCCUAGCUAACCUUCUGAAGUGCAAUCCAAAGGCUGUUAGUUCCUUGCAGAAAAUAUGUACCCCAGAGGCUGGCUCUUGCUAUGUUUUUAUUUGACAGUGGGUGUAAAAAAGCUUCUUGUGCACAUAAUUUUAUAUCAACUGAUGCCAGUAGUAAAAUUUUUUGGAUAGAACAUAAAAUAUCAUGUUUGCAUAAUGCAUGCUAAUUUAUUUUUCUGGAAAGUUUGAAGUAUACGGUAAAAAACUUCCCUUCAUCUGAGAGAUUUCCAAGCCCUACAUUUUGUGAUCUAAGCAUCUAACGUGUU